AUGCCAUGCAUUGUCUAAAGAUGGCGUCGCUUGUGGUAUUUUUUCUUAUUUUUCACGUUGCCUCCGGAGAUCAAAAUUUAAGACGUGAUAGUGUGAUUGAUCAUUUGACCAAUGGGAUGAAGUUUGCUCAAGAUUUCUUGGGAUCAGAAUCUAUAGCCAUGAAAGUUGCGGAUUUCGUCGUGCGCGCAUUCCAACCUAAGAAAAAUCCCACAUCACAAAGAAAGCAUCCAGCCUAUGAUGAUAACCCUUCUACGAGUUCUUUACAUUCAGGAGAAAAUUAUUCUCAGGACAAAGAGCAUAGUUAUGACGUUAAUGAAUCCUCGAAUCUUUUAUCUCCAUGGCGACAUUUGGUCAAGUUAUUGGGACUACAAACAAAUCAAAUCAGCGCUGUUGCUGUUAACGCCUUGAUUUUCAUAGCGCAGAUGAUAACAACCUUUUUAUCUGGUCCAAAACAUCCAAAUAGACAACAACGUUCUGAUGACCUAACUACAUGGAUGUUAAAUAAAAACUCGAAGAAAUUACAAGAGCUCCUUGCAACGGCGAAAAAUGAGUCAUUGCCCGAUUUACUGGAAGACCUUAUAAGGGAUCAGGAAUCUGAAGAUAUUAGUUGCAUUCAGCUAUUGGUAUGUAAAAUUACUCCAUUUGUGAACAAAAUGCAAAAAGCUGUGUUUGGGAACGAAGAGAUUGUAAACAAUGAAUAUGGAGGGCCGAGUGCAUUAUACCGCCAUCUGCCGUCACGAGAAGAAUUUAACAGCAAGAGUCAAUUUUGUGAGAAACGGUUUAAAGAGUGCAAUUUAAAUGAAUGAACUAUGGUAUGUCUAUUGUACUUCGGUAUCAUAUAAAAAAAUUGUGUGGUACCAUUUCUUAUAUUAUUAAUACCGAUAAUCUUUCUCCAAUCGUUCCUUGCGGCCAUCAAAAACUAUGUUGUAUUCAUUCUUUGUCGGCUAUAAUUAUUGUCUUUUUUAAAUAUACCUACUGAUACCAAA